AUGCAGCGUUAUUCGGCUCGCUUUUUAGAAGACCUGAAAAUUGCAUUUGAAAGAGCAUUUGCCCUUCAGACGAAUCUAGUCGGUCAAUUGCGAUGUCCACUCUGUGAUGUACGAGUCGUUGGUGUGGCAGCAAUGCAAAAACAUAUUAGCGAGAAACAUGGAAUGGAAAUGAGUUUAGAAUCACUAGAGACUUUCUUAAAGGAUGCUUAUGAGAUCAAAACUGGACAAAGUGCUGCAACACUUGGGGGAUCCAUUACAGCGAAUUUACAGGAACAAAUAGCAAUAGAACGCGGUGAGUUCACCUGUAUGCAUUGUGCAGAGAUAUUCAACGACCAAAUUCAAUUUCAGCUUCAUAUGAUCCAUAAUCAUCCAUUGGUUAUUCGUACUUCAGCAUCAGGUCAUGAUAUGGAGCCGUUGUGUACGCGGUACAAUUUCCAAUCCUCUAGUAUGGCAGAUUCAUGGAUUGAUUCAGAGGAGAAACAUGCAAAUAGAAGCACAGAGGAGGAUAUGAAAGAGGAUGAAACAUUGGGAGACGAUGAACAUCACUUAGUUCAGGAAAAUCGGAGAUUUUUUGACUGCCCGAUACCAUGGUGCUCACGACGGUAUCGUAAUCCUAUCAUAUUGAACAAGCACAUUUCCAUUGUGCAUCAGUGGAGAUUAAAAUUUUCACCGAAGAAUGGAAAGAAUAAAUCUCGUGGUGUUAUUUCGUAUCGUAAUUUAUGGAAGAAGCAUUAUAUUUGCUUGUUCGAAGGCUGCAAAUAUCGCUUUUGGUCACGGAGUGAUUGCGAAAAACAUAUUUUGUGUCACAUUGGAACAAAUAAUAAAACGGGAUUAAAAGGAACAGUAGUGAAUGGUUCGACAGAAAAUGGAAGAAGUCAAAGCAUCAAUAAGUUGGUUAGAGUGAGGGAUGGGAAAAUUAUUUUAAAUGUGGAAAAUGGUAACAACCGGAAGGAGCAGGAACGAAAUACUCACACGCCAAACUCGCCAGAUUCUGAUAUAAUGCCAGAAGGACAUGGACAACCAUCUUCAAAUAGGAAGCCUUACACGGUUCAAACAUUUUUGGUGAGAGAGCAAACAUCUCAACCAUCUUCCUCAACAAAUGGUGCAACAACGACAGUAGGUGUUGUUUUCGAUGAAAUGGUUGCACAUUUACCAGUCCGGAACACGGUGCAAGAAAUGGUACGAGUGAAUGUAGAACUAGUACCAGCACCCUUGCAGAUAUCACCCAUUUUACAUCUAUGA